AUGGACAGCAAGCCUGUGUCAAUAGUUUCAACUUCACCUACUUCCUCUAAUUCCACGGUCAACUCUCAAGAUGUAUUCACUCAACUGGUCCCAGUGCUCACUCAGUGUUUCGGUGUAAUUCUCCUUGGUUACAUUGCUGGACGUUUCAAGGUUUUUUCUGAAUCACAGGCUAAGGGACUUAACUUCUAUGUCACUAGGUUCGCUUUACCCACUGUAUUUUUUCGCGCCAUGGUGACAAUUAAUUUUUCUGGUGUCUCUUGGUAUUUUGUUGUGGCUGUAUCUACCAGUAAAUUGAUUGGUUUUGUAAUGGCAAUCGUGUUCACUUUCCUAAUUAGUCGACGUUUUCAUCUAGGCAUUGCUGCUAUCGUUGCCAUGUUUGUAUCUCAAACAAAUGAUGUUGCAUUAGCUUAUCCUAUACUCUAUGCUCUUUUCCCUGAUUUGGCUAGUUAUGUUUAUCUAUUUGCACCGAUCCAAUUGAUUGUUCUUAAUCCAUUCGCCUAUUUUCUAUUGGAAUUGGAACGAUUCAAAAGAACCAAUAAUGAAUUGAAACCGUUAAUUCAUAGCGAAGAUGAUGAUUAUGAUAAAAGACAAUUAGUGAAUGGUAAAAACUCGACUACAGCAUCAUCAUCAUCAUCACCAUCAUCAUGUGGUCAAUGCCGGCAAUUAAGUCAGGUUCUAUUCAAUGUACUCAAGAAUCCUUUAAUAUUUAUGACAUUAAUUGGUAUUAUUUUUAAUUUUAUACUGAAACAUCAAUUACCAGUGUAUAUAGAUGGUUUACUUAAAGUGAUAGCUGAUUCAUUUAGUGCAACUGCUUUAUUUUCACUCGGUUAUGGUAUGGUCGGUAAAAUGGCUACUAUUACUCAAAGAGAAGGUUACAUUUUGACAACAAUCUUAUUGACAAAACUCUUAGUGGUUCCUUUUAUUACACGUGAACUGAUUGUUCAUAUUAUGCCUAUUACAUUAGCAAAUGAAACAUUACGUUAUUCUACAUUUGGUUUCUUAUAUGGUACUACACCGACAGCUCCACCAGUUUAUUUAUUUGCUGCUGAAUAUCAAGUGAUUCCUGCGGCUAUUGGUGUUGGUCUUGUCUUGGGAACAUUUUUAUGCGUACCAAUCAUGUUUAUUUCUGCACGUAUUAUUACAUUGUACAAUGCAAUGCCAAGUGAUUAUGCAAGUAUACUAGAUAGAACUGUUGAAGAUAUUUCAUGGAUUAGUAUUGGAUGUUGUAUUUGGACAGUGUGUGUUCUUUGUGUGAAUCGAAAAAUUAUUCGAAUUCCUAAUCGAUUCACUUUGUGUCAUUUAAUCUGUGUAUUAUUGUCAUGUAGUGGAUUAUUACUUAGUCGUUAUGUCAAUCAAUAUUAUCAUUCGUAUGGUGCUGACGAUCAUCCAACACACUGGUGGUGGUUACAUUAUCUGCAAUUUGUAAUCUUCUUUUUUGGUUGUACCGGUACACGUUGUUGGACUGCAUUGAUUGGACUGGUGCUUGUAAUGGAACGAGCGCGUAGUUUGUGCUUUGUGCUACGAUAUCAAGUGUAUAUUUAUGUAGUUGGUUUUUUAACACCUAUGGUUGUCACUUGUAUAUUAUUAUUAACAUCAUUCGGUCAAGAGGUGAAAAUGAACAAUCCAGUUUUUCAAUAUGGUACUAAUCAACUCAUUAUAUCAAUUGUCGUCUUGAUCAUCUGUGCAUCUGGCACUUUAGCCUGUUUAAUUAGUUUUAUACGAAUUGAUGUUCCUGUACAAGAUUGUUAUGAGAUUAAAGAAACACCAGCUACAACUGUCAAAUCAUAUCGUGCACAAUGUUGUAAAAUGUCAAAUGAUGAUAAAAAUGUCACUAGUCGACGAUUUCAACAACAUCAAUCUCAGCCAGCUUCUUCAACUAAUUCAAGCAUUACAGACAGUAGUCAUCCAAUCACUGUGAAUAGUAAUAAUAAUAAUUCGAAUUCCAGUUUGUUAUUCAAUCGUAGUAAUUCACAAAUUUCACAAUUAUGUGAUUCUGCACAAUUUUGCAAUCAUUGUGAAAAGAAACAAAGAAAAGAAUGCGCCAAACUUCUUGCACGAUAUUGUCAAACAUAUCAACCUUCUAUGAUCUUGUCAUCAUCAUCAUCAUCAUCUACACAUCCGAUUAGUCAACAAAUUUCCAUAGGACUUGAAUUGGAUAAUAUUUGUGUUCAAGGCGACAACAACCAUAAACCUCCACAUCAUAAACAUGUGAUAUUUUUAAUAUUAUUAUUAGUGACAAUGUUUUUUGGUAUUUGUUUGUGUACAUGGCGGCUUGUACAUGAUGCUCCAUCAGGUGUUUACAUAGUUCUUGAAUUUCUGGAUGGUUCUUUUAAUUUUGGCCAAGGUGUAGUUUUAUUUGUAUUAUUUGGUCUCGACACAGAUUUGUUUAUUGCGCCGAUAAAACGUUUUUUUUCACGUUGGUUUAAACAUUUCAUUGGUAAAAAAUUCAAUACGGAUGAUUUCACUGAUUCAUCAAAUCAAACUACUACUGAGGAUAAAAGUAAAAUUGAUCAAAUCACUAAACAAUUUGUUAAAUUCCAUUUAAAAUCAUGCGCAUCCAGUAUUGGUACAGAGAAAUUAAUUAAUUCUCCCAUUGCCAAUGAACAAAUAUUUUAUCAAGACACAUUGAAAAAUUGGUUACUUGAUGCUGGUAUCACUAAAUCGAAUGAAGAAACACUCAUUUAUAUUGAAUGCCUUCAAUUAGGCAAUAUUAUUACAUGUAUCAACAAUCCAGUAGUGGGAAAUGGUGAAUCAUGCUGCUUAAAUAAUCAUAAUAAUCAAACUAUCAAUUCACUGAAAUCAAGUCAUAAACAUUUAUUUACAUUCACUGAUUAUGCUUGGGAUUAUUUACGUAAUCUGUGUUAUACAGAAGAUAUUAAUUAUUGA